AUGUCUAGUAGCCAUUCAACUGAUCCUGUCGCCUCUCUGUCUCAGGAUGUGGACGCAUCCCCGGUUGUCCAGGUGAAGAGGCUCCAAUCACGAGUGAACGACCACCGUCAACACACCAGCAAAGCUCUGACCCGCUUCCUCAACCACCUUUACCUGUUUACCAAGGCUGAUAUGAAGACAAUACUUGCACCUAGUAUGAUAUUCGCAUUGACCAAUGGAGUUGCUCUGUCUCUUCUACUCCGGGAUCGAGCAAAAGUAUCUCCGCCCAUGGUCGCGGUGGCUCGAACGCCGCUGAUAUGCCUUUAUGUAUGGCUCGACCUGAUACUUUUUUGCAUUUCAAAUCAGAGGAAACCGAGCUCCAUUGAAGAGGAUAGGCUCAACAAGCCGGAACGCCCGAUACCUGCCGGUAUCGUCUCCCCAGAUGAGGCGGCCAGCCUCUCUGUUGCGGUUAGCAUCAUCGCCUUACUCGUGAGCCAGAUGCUGGGCGCCUUCAUGCCUACUGCCACCCUCCUGGCCCUGACAUUUUGGUACAACGACCUGGGCGGCGGCGACCAUCCCAUCCUCAAGCCGUUUCUCAACGGCCUCGGCUUCCCCUGCUACCUCGUCGGCGCAUUGCAGGUGGCGUUGAACCCGUCCCCGUGGUCCGCAUCGGCGGCGCCGGCUCCCGACGUCAUGUCUAUCCUCUGGCGCUGGGUCGCCGUCUUGGCCAGCGCCAUCUUCCUGACCAACAACAUCCAGGACCUCAGGGACAUGGCCGGCGACGUGGCCGCCAAGCGCCGUACCAUACCCAUCGUGAUCGGUGACGCGCCCACGCGGUGGAUCAUCGCCGUGCCGCUCGUGGCCUGCUCCGUGGCCACGCCGCUGCUCUGGGGCGUCCCCAACCUGAGCCCGUCGCCAUGGCUAUCGGGAAUGAAGGUCGUACUGGCGUAUGCGCCCGUGAUGCUGCUUGGGGUUGUCGUUUCAGUACGAACCCUUGUGCUCAGAACGGUCGAGGACGACAAGGCGUCGUUCACGCUGUGGUGUGUGUGGCUCGUCUCGCUCUACUGUCUCCCGUUGGCGAGGGCGCUUAUCGGCGGAGGCGGGGAGCAAAUAUGGCUUAUUACUGCAUAA